GCAGCAUUCCCAGCUCGGGCAGAGCAGGUGGAGGGACGGAGGGGACGGACAUGGAGUGGCUGAGCCAGCGCUGCCCGUUGCCAUCCUCUGCCCAGGGCUGGCCCCGGCCAGGCCGGGGCACUUUGCUGCUGGUGCUGACGCUGGCAGUGCUGAUGUACCCACUGCUGAGGGGGCUGGCCCUGCAGCUCCACUCCGCCCUCACCGGCAGCUACAUCCCAGGGACCAGCUCCAUGGCCUUCAUCAACUGCCUCAACGAGCAGAUUGCCAAGGAUAUUGCAAGGGCCAUCAUGGACAAGAAGCUGGCUGCCCAGGUGAACAUCCUGCCCAAGAGCUCAGCCUUGUACUUCUGGAAAGGGGAACUGGAGGAAUCCACUGAAAUAUUGCUGAUAGUGAAAACCAGGACGUCCAAAAUAGGGGAAUUGUCCAACUAUGUCAGAUCCAUCCAUCCCUUUGAAAUCCCUGAGAUCAUCAGCCUGCCUAUUGACCAGGGAAACCCUCUCUACCUCAAAUGGAUCGAGGAAAACGUCCCAAGGGACUGACUGGAAAGGUCACCUCAGUUUGGGGAGACCGGGCGGACCCUGCUGAGCCACGCGGGUCUCCCUGGGCAGGCAGGACCUACCUGUGAGGAGGCAGCUUCUGCCUUCUCAGGUUUGCUGUAGCACAGGAGUUUGGGAUUGGGAAUUUCGUUUGCACUGGAAACAUCCCCUCCUUGGCCUGACCAGGGAGGACUGAGCAGCCCAGAGCUGGUGCAGGCUGAAGAGGGAAAGGCUGCUCCCUGCACCAUUGCGGAUGAGGAAACAGAGAUGCUCAUGUCAGGACGCAUUUGGGGGCUCUUUCAUGCUGCCAGCAGCAAAUUCCUUAUGGAAGCCAUGGCCUGGCAGCCCCUCCAGUUCCAUGAACCCUGCCUGGCCCCCCUGCUCGUUCCCAGCAUCCUGCCCCGCUCUGCCUCCCGCUUCCCCAGCCCCAGGCAGCAGGAUGUGGCCGGGCACCCCGCGACGUGCCGGCUCCCGCCCUCUCCUGCUGUCAGGAAACGUGCUGCUGGAGUCUCACAGAACCCAAGGAAGCAGCAAACUCCAGCAGAUGCUGCAAGGAACUACCAGGAGCCACAAGCAGCACAUGUGUGACCCUGCCCUGCCAUGGAGCUGGGGAGAGCUGGGAUGAGCUGGGGAGAGCUGGGGAGAGCUGGGCAACUUCCAUGGCCAGUCCAGGGAACCCAAGUGCCAACAGGACCAGGACAUUGCCCCAGCCCUGCAUCCCUUACCCCAGCCCUGCAUUCCUUACCCAGCCUGAACGGUGGCUUUUUGCCCAGGCCAAGCUUAACCUUGUAAAAAGAUGCUCAUUAAUAGUUUAAUGGGAUAUAACUUAUAGAAUAUUGAGGAUUUAUGUGACUGGGAAGGGAAUAAACAGCAGCGUUUCUUACCUGGGCAGGCUCAGGUGUGGUCACAGUUUGCUGUGUGGUGUCCUCAGUGAACUGGGCAGGAGGAAAGGCCCGUCCUGGGCUUGCAGUGACUCCCUCCAGACCAGUGCUGACAGAUGCUCCCACCUGGCUCAUUCCAGGUCCCUGGAGAAACAAUCCAGGGCAUUCUGCAGGCACUGGGAGCUGUGCCUGUGGGCUUGUGUGGCCCCAUCAGCCAUGAGAGGAAGCAGGAGGAAGGCUCACAGGGGCAGGAAAGAGAAGCCAAGAGGAAAAAUGGUCUGAGCUCUGAGAGGAGGAACCUUGGCAGUGCCAAAU